AUGUGUCCAAGAUGCCAUAACAAUGCUGUUGGAGUAAUAACCCACAAACGGUUCUUUUCGUUGUUUUUCGUUCCUUUGAUUCCCUUGAAAUGGGGCAAAAGAUGCAAAUGUUUCAUCUGUGGCUACACUGCUGAGGUCAACAAGGACACCCUUACUAGAGUUAAACAAGGUGCUCCGUUGGUUCUAUCGUGA